AUGAGAAAUUAUAUGGAAAGAUUUGCUGUUCUUCCUUUCUCUUUCAAAUGUGCUUCACAUUCAAGUGUGGAGUUAGGUGAACCCAAAGAUUCAAAAGACUCAAUUGUUUCAAGAAGACAAGAAGGACAAAUCAUCAGAACUAAAAUGGAGAAAAAAAGGUCUUCUGGAUUUUUUGUUCUUCCAAAGGCUCAUGUAGCUGCUGGCAUACAGAGAUUGAUCAAGGGUAUCAAGACUUUUUCUCAAUUAUUUUUUUACAAAGAGCAUAUUGAAGAGAUGGAACAAGACAUGGAAAUUGGGUAUCCAACCGAUGUGAAGCAUGUAACACAUAUUGGACUUGAUGGGUCAACAACCACAAAUAAUGUUAAGGGUUGGGACAAUGUUAAGCCACCUGAAUUACUUACUUUAAAUCCAAUUACUUUAAAGCAAUUUGAAUUAGCCAUGGCUACCCAAGCUCAACAACCACUCCUUGAUGAUUCUUUACCAAAAUGUGAUUAA